AUGGGAGCGUGGAGCCCAGCGCUGGCCUGCGUGGCGCUGGCCGCGUGCCUGGCGCUGGCCAGGGCCGUGCACCCCGGCUUCGUGGUCAGGAUCACUCAGGCGGGCUUGGACUACGCUCGUCAGCACGGGGUCACCGCCCUGGAGAAGGAGCUCAGUCAACUGAAGUUGCCAGACAUCUCAGGGGACUUCCGAGUGCGUAGGAUAGGAAAAGUGAGCUAUGAGAUCUCCAGCUUGGCCCUUCGCAGUUUCCACUUGCCGAACUCGCAGAUUUCCCCAAUCCCCAACGUGGGCCUGCAAGUCUCCAUCUCCAACGCCUUCGCCGAGGUGGAUGGGAACUGGCGGGUGAAGGUGCAUUUCAUUAGGGACCAUGGUUCGUUUGACCUGAAGGUUGAGAAUCUCUCUGUCAAAAUCGGCCUGAAGCUGGGCAGCGACGCCUCUGGGAAACCCACUGCUGACACAUCCGACUGCAGCACUCACAUCUCCAGUGUUCGUGUACACUUUUCAGGCAAGCUUGGCUGGCUCUACAACCUCUUCCACAGCGCUAUCGAAUCCACAUUCAGGAGGAUCUUAGAGAGCAAGGUCUGUGAAAACGUGGUCAGCUCUGUCCACAGCAAGCUGCAGCCUUACCUCCAGACCCUGCCAGUCACCGCCAAGAUAGAUGCUGUGGUUGGGAUUGAUUACUCCCUGGUGGCCCCCCCGGCUGCUACCGCCCAAUGCCUGGACGCGGACCUGAAGGGCGAAUUCUUCUCCCUGGCCCACCGCUCCGCCGUGCCCUUCCCUCCUCCGCUACUCGCCUUCCCGACAGACCAUGACCGCAUGGUUUAUUUCGGAGUCUCCAGCUACUUCUUCAACACGGCCGGCCUGGCCUACCACGCCGCAGGGGCCCUGGUCUUCGAGCUCACCGACUCCAUGAUCCCCAAGGGCCUCGACUUCCACCUGAACACCUCCACCUUCUCAGCCUUCGUCCCCCAGCUGGAGAAGAUGUACCCUGACAUGCUCAUGAAGCUCAAGCUAUCCACCCCUGCUGCCCCCUUCCUGAACAUUGGCCCCCAGGGUCUCUCGCUCCAGCCAGUUGUGGAUAUCCAAGCUUACGCCAUCCUCCCCAGCUCCAGCCUGGCUCCCCUCUUCCUCCUCAACUUGACAGCCAACGUGUCCGCCAGCAUCGAUGUGAAGUCCGGCCGCAUUGUGGGGAGCCUGACGGUGGGCAGGCUGAGGCUGUCUCUGAAGCAUUCGGACGUUGGCCCUUUCCAGGUGCGAACACUGCAGUCAAUAAUGAACAUACUUGCUUCCAGUAUCCUGCUGCCACGUCUCAACGCACGGUUAGGCCAGGGCUUCCCCCUCCCGCUGCCGGACAGGAUACGGCUCUCCGACAUCGUCAUGCAGUCGCACCAGGAUUUCCUGCUGCUCGGAGCGAACGUCAGUUAUGAGCGCAGAGGAUGAAGAUGAGGCGACGGGGGGGCCUUGCUCGUGGGGCAGCCGGGGGCGGCCCGGGAGCAGCGUGCGCCGGGGCUCAGACCGGAGGCUCCUCCGCUGCCCCUGGGGAUCGUCCUCCGUCCAUUAAGGACCCGGCCCUGUCCUUCCCCGGCCUCUGCUCCUGCCUCAGCCUGGGGCAGCUGCGCAGGCAGUGAAACGCUGCCCCGUGCUGCUGGUGGCUAAUAAAGCAAGCAGAUGUGCAGGAA